AUGUCGUUCGGAGGCCAGACACCAACCAUAAUCGUCCUGAAAGAAGGUACUGACACCUCCCAGGGCAAGGGCCAGAUCAUCUCCAACAUCAAUGCCUGUCUCGCCGUCCAAGCCACCGUCAAAUCAACUUUGGGCCCAUAUGGCGGAGACUUGUUAAUGGUUGACGAGAAUGGCAAGCAAACUAUUACAAAUGACGGUGCGACGGUUAUGAAGCUCCUCGACAUCGUUCACCCCGCUGCCCGAAUCUUGGUGGAUAUCGCUCGAUCGCAAGAUGCUGAAGUCGGUGACGGUACUACUUCCGUCGUCGUUCUAGCCGGUGAGAUCCUGAAGGAAGUCAAGGAUCAUGUCGAGCAGGGCAUCAGCCCCCAAAUCAUCAUCAAGGGUCUGCGAAGAGCAUCGCAGAUAGCCGUCAACAAGGUCAAGGAAAUCGCGAUUAGCACCAACGAAGGCAACCAACGCGAUACACUGAAGAAACUGGCGGCUACUGCCAUGACCAGCAAGCUGAUCAAGCGAAACACUGAAUUCUUCACCGAGAUGGUUGUCGAUGCCGUUUUGUCCCUCGACCAGGACGACCUGAAUGAAAAGUUGAUUGGUAUCAAGAAGAUUCCUGGUGGAUCCUUGACCGAUUCACGGUUCGUCAAUGGGGUCGCCUUCAAGAAAACCUUUUCCUACGCCGGUUUUGAACAACAGCCCAAAUCCUUCAAGAAGCCCAAGAUAGUCUGCCUCAACGUCGAGCUGGAACUCAAGGCCGAGAAGGACAAUGCCGAGGUUCGCGUCGAACAAGUGUCGGAGUAUCAGGCCAUUGUCGACGCUGAGUGGCAGAUCAUCUACAAGAAGCUGGAGGCCAUCCACAAGACAGGCGCCAAGGUUGUUUUGAGCAAAUUGCCCAUUGGUGAUCUGGCCACGCAAUAUUUCGCCGACCGAGACAUCUUCUGCGCUGGCCGCGUCGCGUCCGAGGACAUGGAGCGCGUGGUUCAGGCCACUGGCGCCACCGUUCAGUCUACCUGCUCCGACAUCCUGCCCCAGCAUCUGGGGACGUGUGGCACAUUUGAAGAGCGUCAGAUUGGCGGAGAAAGAUUCAACUUUUUCGAAGAAUGCCCCGAGGCCAAGACGUGCACGUUAGUUCUACGAGGUGGCGCCGAGCAGUUCAUCGCCGAAGUCGAGCGAUCACUACACGAUGCCAUCAUGAUUGUUAAGCGAGCCAUCAAGAACCACAUGAUUGUCGGGGGUGGCGGCGCCGUCGAAAUGGAGAUCUCGGCCCACCUGCACCGGUUCGCCGACAAGAACAUCCCCCACAAGCAGCAGGCCAUCAUCAAGUCCUUUGCCAAGGCCCUCGAAAUCAUCCCCCGGCAACUUUGCGACAAUGCCGGAUUCGACGCGACCGACAUUCUUAACAAGCUCCGCGUGGAGCACCGCAAGGGAAGCACCUGGGCCGGAGUCGACUUCAAGAACGAAGGUGUCGCGGACAUGAUGGAGAGAUUCGUGUGGGAACCCGCUCUGAUCAAGGUGAAUGCUUUACAAGCGGCCACCGAGGCAAGCUGCCUGAUAUUGAGCGUGGAUGAGACGAUCCGGAACGAGGAGAGUGCGAAGCCCCAAGCUCCUGGCCAGCUUCCUCCGGGUGCCGCCCAGCGAGCAGUCCGCGGGCGCGGCCGUGGCAUGCCCCGUCGAUGA